AGUCAGCACAGAGGAGGCUGCGUGCUCAGCGCCCAUUCCCUGCUUUGCAUCUGCUCGGCUGAGCACGACCUCUGCUGCAGCGUGACCUCUGUCUGCUACUUGCUGCUCAGCAUUGUGAGUCGGGAUCACGUUUCAGCCCUCGCUUCCCAUGGCAGCCUGCGCUGCUCCGGGGAUUGCGAGCUUUAUUUUAGAAAUUCUGAGGUUUUUUUUUUUUUCUUCCGAUUUUCCUUUUCGAGACCAAGGUCUGGCUGAGCACAUCUCGGUGCUCACUCUCCAGGCGGUGCUUCCUUGACCUCACAUUUUCCCCAGAACCCUUCCCUAAAACUGUCUGACCCUGCAUGGAGCUCGCUCUGGGGGAUGGGGACAGCCAUGUCUCGGUAUCCUGGGCUGCCUCCAGAAUUGAAAUUAGAGUCCUGGGAUCGAUGGAGCAUGGGGCUGUGGGGUGCAGGCUCCACGUUGCAGAGCUCCGGUUUGGGUUUGUUGCAUGGGAUGCUUCCAGCCGGGGCUCAAUGCAUGGCGGGGAUGCUCCUCUUGGGUGGGAAUCUCCCGGUUUGGGGUUGCUGUGUGUCAGUCGAGCUCUGGUUCGGUGGGAGGCUCCCAGGCAGGGCUCGUUGUGUGGUGGGAGACUCCCAUUUUGGAUUCCUUGGUGGGGAGGCUCCCAGCUUGCAGUCGGUAGCAUGGUGGGGGGGCUCCCAGUUGGGGUUUGUUGUGCGUCAGUCAAGAUCUCAUUUGGUGGGAGGCUCCCAGCUGGGAUUCAUUGCAUGGUUGGGAGCUCCCAUUUGGGGUUCCUUGGCGAGGACACUCCCAGUUUGAGUUUGUUGUGCAGUGGUCAAGCUCCCAGUAUGGGGCUCUGUGUGGCAGGGAUGCUCCCAGUUGGUGGGAGGCUCCCAGUUUGGCCUCGUUGUGUGGUGGGAAGCUCCCAUUUUGGGUCCCUGACUGGGUUUUGGGGUCUGACACCAAGGUGUGGUCUCCUGGGUGGGCGUUUUGAGGACCCGUGCAGCUCGGAUCAGGUGCUCCUACGGGAGUGUGGCUUGGUAAAAUUGGCAGUAGGGUUCCAAAAGCAGAAAGGAAACAAAGAACUUCCUCUGCAUUUCAGUCAAAAUAAUUCCCAUUGCUCCCCAGCACUGCGCAGCACUCCCGUCCGCGCUUUCACCUUCUGUGCCAUUUUUGAGAGAUGCUGUUGGAGCUGUCAGAGCUCCCAGCAGCGCUGCUGUAAAGCUGUAAGGAGAAAUUGCAAAUGAACACAUCAAUGCAGCUCCCGUUCCGAAGCCCUUUCUUUUCCCCUCCUCGCUGUGCAUCUCUCCCAUCUCCCUCAUGUCACCUUGAGUCCUCUGCAUGGGGCGGUGUGGUGGGUCAGCUGUGGGGAAGGUGGAGCGCGUGUGUUCCAAAAUACCCCGAUACAAAAUAAAUCCCAUUCACAGGACAGCUUGGUGCAUUUUCUGCCACCAGAUUUGUUUUCUUUUUAGCAGGGAGCUCUCUAGGUUUUUUUGUUCGAGGUAAGAAACGUGCCUGGGACUUCAAAGAAGGGCCUCUGCAGUCAUUAUUUUUUCUGUCAAAGCAGAGCUUGCCAAAGCAACGCGCCUUCCUCCUGCAGCUGGAAGGGGAAGCAGGAGCAGGAACAGGUCCUGCAAGAGCGUGCAUGGAGUGUGGUGAUUAAACCACCGGACUGAGACAGCACAAUGCCUGUCCUCAGCAAAAUCGGAGCAUUCCAGGGAUCCAACAGCUUUCUGGCUGGAGCUUUUGUCCUAAGAGCGAAUGAGUUCUUGGCAAAUCCCUACACCUCUGCAUCACUUCUGCUCCAUGUCACCCCUGUGGGUUGUCUUCCAAGUGGAGGCAAGCCAUUCUUGUUCUGGAAAGCCAUGCAGUCUGGAAUGCCUCCAAGGCACUGGGUUUGGCAGUGCAGAAGUGGGUGAGUUCAGGAGUUCCUGCCCUGGGGAUGUGCUGCAGGGUGGCGUGGAGCGACACACAGCUCUGUCCCAUUUGUUCCCCUUUUUCAGCCUUGACUGAAGCGUUUGCGAGGAUGAACGAGGAUGGGGUGAAAUAAAGGGCUGUGAUUGCAAAGGGGAUUUUUUUUUUGAAGGUUGAGUAUCUCUGUUGCUUUAGAAGAGCCAUCGGACCGUUGCCAAAGCGAGAUGAAUCAAACCUGAAUGGACAAAGCAGAGCUCAUUGCUGAGAGCUGGUGUUGGGCUCUGUUUGGUGCCUUGCUGCAGAUUCUGAUCGAUAUGAGCGGGUAAAACAAAGCUCCCAGUGUUUCUCUACACCACUUUCUUCCUUACUCUGUUCUCCUGAAAGGGAUACGGUGCCUGUCAGAGUGAGCUGCGGAGACGCUCGGAGGAUUUUUGGCUGGGGAGGAUAAUGAGGUCUUAAUGCAAUGAUCCAUUGAUAGAGGAGAUGAAAAAGUAGGAAGAACUUGAGUUAAAAAUCCAAGCGUGGCAGUGCGCAGGAGCAGCAAUGCUGACAUGGAAGCUCUUGUUCACCUUUUCCCAGCCCUCCUUUCAUUCUGCAGCUGGGUGGUACGAUGGAGGGCUGCUCACGUGAGAGAAGGGGUGGGGAGGGCUCUGAGGAGCCUCUACUUAAACAUACAAAGAUAAUUGGUGCUUUAGAUGUCUUUGCGUGCUUUCCAGAGCCCAGAGCUUAGAAAUUUAAUAGAUUUCCAAUGGGUGCGAAGACGUGCUCGGGGUGUCCAGGUAGCUGCAUCUCCUAGAGUCAGGUAGAUGUUCAGAGUAGAUUCUUCCAACUGGGCCUCCCGGUUUUGUGUGCUUCAGUUGGUGCCCCCGCUCUGAGAUGACUGUUCGCAAAUCUUUUCUCCAUUUAAAAAGAAGGAUAAGCUUCCAACUGCUCUGUUUGGAGCAGAUUUCAGCACCCAACUCCUGAACUCUCACGUCGGAGGAGGGAGAAAGAAGAAUAAUUGAGAAUAUCGAAUAUUCCAUAAGCCACAGCCCAGGAAAAAAUUCCUAAUGUGGCAGUAAUAAAGUUUGGGGUUUAGAGCUCGCUAUUGAUUUGUCAUUAAAAGCUGUCGUGCUCUGUGCCCAUCGCACAGGGAGGGGCGAAAGGAAAUGCUCCAUGGAUAGAUUUCUGAGGACACGCAGGGUGCACUUGGAAUAACGACCCGGCCACGGCAGAGUUGCGCUUUGGCUGUUAAUGGUGUGUGAGUUUUAGUUCUACUUCAAGUCACUGGAAGGCUUAAUUUUUCCUGUUUUGAUUGCAAAGGGAGAAAUGGGGAAGCGCCGGGAUUUCAUCCGGGCCUCUGCUUUGGGGGGCAGCUGAGCGGUGCCCUACCUGUGCCCCACUCGAGAGCCCAGCCUUGUUUAUAGGGGAUUGAGCACGUUUUGGUCAUUGCCUUUUGGAGUGACUGCGGUCUCCUUCCAGCUGCCAGCAGCUCAUGUCUGGGGAGGUAGAUGGAGCCAAGCGGGCGUGCUGGGCACAGCCAUUGCUGAUACCGCCUGCAGUGGAGGUAUUGCUUAGGGCUGUCUUGAUGGCAUGCUUGACUUGUGUUCAAUGUUUGUGGUGGUUUGUGCUCCUUGUUUGCUGUUUGUCGCCUCAGCCAGCUGCAACAGCCAUUUCUCAAGGUUGAGGGUGGAACCAUUAAGGUUGGCAAAGACCCCGAAGAUUGUCAAGUCCAUCUGUCAAGCUGCGGCUGGGCUGCUGGGGAUUUGCCUUUGGGCUUUUCAAUGCGCUGUGCCAUCCAACAAGCUCAGCCUGAGCUGCUUCUCCCAUUUCCUAGAGUCACUGAAUCAUACUUGAACAAUGAUUGGCAACCAGCUUGUGGCAAUGGGGAUGGAACUGGAUGAUCUUCAAGGUCCCUUCCAACCCAAGACAUUCUUUGAUUCUGUGCUUUCCAUGCUCUUUGGCACAAGUAUUUGGGCUUAUGGCAUCUCACUUGUGAUGGUGCUGAGGAUUUGUGCUAGGAUGAAAGGUAACAGCCUCAAGUUGUGCCAGGGGAGGGUCAGGUUGGAUAUUAGGAAAAAAAUGUCCAAAAGAGGGGUGAGGCAUUGGCACGGGCUGCCCAAGGGCGGUGGUGGAGUCCCCAUCCAUGGAG